GCCACAUUAAAAACCUUAUGUUGGGUGCAUGUGCUCGUCCUUAUAGCAUAUACGCAGUCAAAAUGCUCUCUCAAAAGCGCCUUUAUGUAUGUGAGUAUGUGUAGCUUCCUCAUUGUACAAUAACUUUUUUGCAUUUUCCACACAAACAUAUACAAACAUGGCGGUCGCCAACAUAAUCAACGGCAUAGCUGACAACAGCACACAAAGACACCACGAUAACCAUAGCAGCAAAAGUAUCGAUAGCAUCGGCAGUUUCGGCUCUGACGACAUCAGAAGCAGCACGGACAGCGGCGUUGGAGACGUCAGUCAGCCGCAUUCAGCAGCCGGAAACACAUAUAGUUCUGCUGCAACCAACUCUUCAAAGGACAAGGUGGCAGGCCAAAAGCGUGCAUUUGAAGAUACAGACAACACUCAUGAAAACAACACGAACAAUAUGCAUACCGACAUUAAUGACUGCAUUGAAAAUAUGGUCUCCCGGCGCGACCAGUUGCGCAGUCGAUUCAAGGAUUGGGCCGAGAGCAUUGAUGAUUCGGCCAGAAAGUUACGAUGCAUAACGGACAACGCUCUGGUCAACCAGAGCAUACGUCUGGAGAGUAUUCUCGAGGACGGCAGAGUGAAAAUCGACGAUAUUGUUGCCGAGCAAAACCACAUCCAUGGCCAGCUUGCGAGCUUUGUGUCGAUGCUGAGCACUGCCCAAAGCCAAAUCUUUGGAGCCCCGGGCAUAAGCCACAUGGCCUCUUUGGACUCUAGCGGCCCAACAACCCGCGAGUGCAAGGCGACACCACACAAAGGAGACGGGGACAGGCGUCAGUGUCAGCCAAACAGCGCCGACAGCACCAAGGCUACUCGCAAUGCUGGCGAGUAGCAGUUCCACAUUUUAGUUUAAUAACAACAAUGCAUUCAUUUUAUUCGCUUGCACAAGUCA